AAAUAUUAUAAUCAAUAUAUUUGCUUUUGUUCUUAAUGUUGUAGAUUUUUCAUAUGCAGAUAAUGGGCCAUGAUGAUCCCCAAACUGUAAUUCACAUGUUAGCAUCAGAGACUAUCUUGACUUCUCUCCCUGAAAACCUCUCAGUGAUCGAAAGAAUUCGUACGGUAUUUCGAAAGGAAGUCAUGGCAACAGCGAUUAAGGGUAGAUAUUCAGGACUACUUCAAGUGCAAAUGGCCUCCAAUUUCCUUGGAACACCUGUGUCCAUGCACUGCACGGAGCCCGGCUGCGAAUCUUACAAUAAGACAAUCCAACCCAGGAAGACAACUGCAGGUCCCGCUGUAAACAUCUUAUGGUGCAAGCUCACCGAUGAUGCAAAAGCUAUAAAUCACUUCGCGCCUCUUAUUCAUUGCCCAGAAAGUAGGAUCAAGUUUAACACAUUCCAUCAUAUAGAAAAGAACGCUGCAUUUCAAUGUCCCUGUUGUCAAUUUCUGGACGACGUAAUCGAGGAAGUGGUACAGUGUCAGUUCUGUCUGGUAUGGUACCAUAGAAAAUGUGUUGAGUUUUCCUCAGUUACCAGACAACAAAGACAAUUCGCUUGUGGAUGUGCGUCGAACAUUGACCAACAAUGGAUUGCAGACAUAAAGAAUGACAAGGUCUUGCGCAGGAUAUACAAGAACAAUUUAUUAACGGAUUAUUUGAAGGAAAUACUGAGUGGCACACUUCCCUCGCGACGUCUUUCAUUAUUCCUAAAAGACUUCCAAAGCAACACAGCACGGAGUCUUCGCGUGUUAAAUAGAUAAAUCCUAACAAUUUAGCUCACUUCAAUUACCACUACAUUGAUAUAUUGUUUAACUAGAACAACAAUUAAUGUCCAGGCAUCAUUAGGAUACUGCCUUUAGAAUUAAUAUUAUACUGAAUCAUUGUUAAAGUAAUUACAGUGCAUCUACAUCAACCAAGGCCACCCAAACUAUUCCCCACAAUUUUUCUAAUCAUGGUUUAAAUUUGUGGUCACUGAAUUGCAGCUGAAGUCAACAGCAUUGUGCUAGAAAUACACAGCAAGUUUUAAGUAGUUUGAAUGGUUAGAAAGCAAGAAAGAAGAGAAAAUAAUUUGUGAACCAUUUUGCUUUGGAUGGACUUGGUUGGAGUUGGAUGCACUUUAAAACCUAUAGGACAAAUUAAUAAUCAUCUUACCGCAUAGUCAUGUUCACCUGGUCAAAAAAAUAAAAAUACAUAAUUAUUCAUAAGUUAAACACAAAGGCAUAUAUACUGUCAUGUAGAAUUGAGGAUCAAUUCAUUACAUGCUUGAAUUUUUUCAAGAAAAUCUAGUGUGGCUUGAGCAUGAAUGCAAACUGAAACAUGAUCUUUAAAUUCUUUKAAAGAAGAAAGAAACAAGUUAGUAAUUAAAACAUGAAAAAGGAUACUUUUAUAAUUGAUGCAAAACAAUAAAUGUAAUAUUAGUGAGAAUGUGUAAAGGGUUCAUAUGGUGCAGUUUGUAUCUGAAACAAUAUUUCCAAUGUGACGUCAUUUGUAAUAAUAAAACAGACCAUGURCAAAUUCAUUAAAAA